GAAGACAGAUAAGUCAGCCGACAACUUUGGAGGUCGGCAGCUGUCGGCCGGUGACCGGGGAGUUGAAAGCGGGAACGAUAGAAAUACAUGUGCUCGCUCUCUCCUUUCACUCCAUUCUCCAUAUAACAAUAAUAAACAAUCAUACGGUUUCAUUAUUACAUUAUUAUAUUAUUACAUCUUCUUCAUUUCAAUCCCAACUUCUAUUUCCAACAGUUUGGCUUGGCCCCUAAUUAGUUAUGCGUCAGUUUCGUAUCUGAUGAACCCAAAAAUGAUUAGCGGUUUCGUUGAUUUCUGUUCCAGUAUCCGUUUGAUGAAGCAUCGUUGGAUAAUUGUUGGUUAAAUUACAGGUGAUUUGAACUUUUGUGCUGGUUAAUGUAAAUGAUGGACAAUUCGGAGAUUGAAGAGAAUUUGUUUGCACUUGGUGAACCAAAGUUACAUGGAGGAAUGUGUUCAUCACUUUCUUUGAUCUAUGCCAAAGUGUUGACUAUUUUCCCCGACCUAGAAGCCGCGAGGCCUCGGAGUACUACAGGAAUUCAGGCGCUAUGUUCGUUGCAUAUAGCCCUAGAAAAGGCGAAAACGCUUCUUCAGCAUUGUGCGGAAUGCAGUAAACUUUACCUGGCUAUAACGGGAGAUUCGGUUGUUAUGAAAUUUGAAAAGGCGAAAUCUGCUCUGGAAGAUAGUCUUAGACGGGUUGAAGAUAUAGUCCCACAAACUAUUGGUUCUCAGAUUGCGGAUAUUAUAGCUGAACUCAAGGGAAUAGAAUUUUCACUUGAUCCGUCAGAGAAACAAAUAGGCGAUGAGAUAAUCGGGUUACUACAAGAAGGAAGAAAUCUCAACAGCAGCUGUGAAAACGGCGAGUUAGAAACUUUUCACCAAGCAGCAACAAAACUCGGUAUCAAUUCUUCAAGGGGAGCUCUUCGAGAACGAAGAGCACUAAAAAAAGUCCUAGAAAAAUCUAGAAUCGAAGACGACAAACGAAAAGAAUCCAUCGUAGCUUAUCUUUUACAUUUAAUGAAAAAAUACUCGAAAUUAUUCCGAAGCGAUUUCUCAGACGACAACGAUUCACAAAGUGGUUCAACCCCUUGUUCACCAACAGUUCACGGGUCUUUUGAAAACGUGUUUGACCGUCAGCUAUCGAAAAUCCAUGGGUUUGACCGUCAGCUAUCGAAAAUGAGUUCGUUUAACUUUAAACCGAACUUUAGAAGAUCCGGGCAGAUGCCGGUCCCACCUGACGAACUUAGGUGCCCGAUAUCGUUACAGCUUAUGUACGAUCCAGUCAUCAUUGCAUCCGGGCAGACAUACGAGAGGAUCUGUAUUGAAAAAUGGUUUGAAAACGGGCAUAACACCUGCCCGAAGACGCAUCAAACCUUGGCUCAUCUUUGUUUGACUCCUAAUUAUUGUGUGAAGGGUUUAGUUGCAAAUUGGUGUGAACAAAAUGGAAUAUUGGUUCCUGAAGGUCCACCGGAUUCCCUAGACGACAACUACUGGAACAUAUCUUUGACCGAGAGCGAGCCAACUAGUUCUAGAUUCGUUGAAAGUAUCGGUUCCUGCAAGUACGAGAAAGAAGGCGAUGAACUCGAAGUUGUGCCAGAGGAUGAAGGUAGCACGUUCGACACAUAUGAGGGUUUGUUGGCCAGUUUGACCAUGGAAAAUAAGAGAAUUAAAGCUGUAGAGAAAAUACGGCUUUUGACGAAGGAUGAUGAAGAGGCUCGGAUAUUUAUGGGUGCAAAUGGUUUCGUUGAAGCUUUGUUACAGUUUUUUGAGUCCACUGUGCGUGAAAGAAACCUUGUUGCGCAAGAAAGUGUAGCCAUGGCUCUUUUCAAUCUCUCGGUUAAUAACAACAGGAACAAAGAAACAAUGUUAGCCGCAGGAGUACUUCCUUUACUCGUUAACAUGAUCGGAAAUUCGGGUUCACCAGGGGCGGUUGCAGCCCUCUGCUUAAAUCUUUCCAGUUUAGAACAAGCGAAGGCCGUUAUCGGUUUAAGUGAGGCGGUCCCUUUCUUGAUCCGGGUUCUAAACGAUACUGUGGACCCGACAUGUAAAUCUGACGCACUUAUCGCGCUCUACCAUCUUUCAACUUUACAUUCGAACAUCCCUCGGCUCGUGUCGUUGAACAUCCUGGAUGCUCUUCAGCCACUCAUAGAUGAUGACACGUGGACCGAGAAAGUGCUUGCCAUCUUGAGCAACAUGGUUAACUUAGCGAGAGACGAGAUCGUAUCAACUCAUGGUUUGGUGAGCGGGCUUUCGUCAGCUCUUGAUAUGAACGAGCCAAAUGUUCAGGAGCAAGCUGCGGCUUGCUUGUUGACUAUGUGCACGGGAAAUGAAACGUGCAUUCAGAUGGUUCUCCAAGAAGGGGUUAUACCUUCUUUAGUAUCGGUUUCGGCUAAUGGGAGUGCUAGAGGGAAACAGAAGGCUCAGAAGUUGUUGCUGUUGUUUAGAGAGCAACGGCAUCAGGACCCACCCGUGGUUCAGGAUAGCGGUCCACAGCAAUCAUGUGAGAUAGGUGUUGGUCCCGUUAAUGAAGAAGUGCGGCCGUUAACCAAACAGGUGUCUAAGAGAAAACUGGGAAGGGGUUGGAGUUCUUUGUGGAGAAACAAGAGUUUUUUGGUGCACCAGUGUUGAGCCCUUGAGUCUAAUGGUUAGGUGAAUUGGUGCACCACCUGUUGACUCGGACUUGUGUAUAGCUUUAUCGGUUGUUUUGGCACUUGGUAUAAAGUUGUAAAUUCUCUUAAGCUAUUUCUGUUUUCUGCUAA